CAAGGUUUGUCUUUUUUUUUUUUUUUUACGGAGGGAGUACGUGCGUUGCGUAGCACCACAAGAAAAUAGGCACACACCCUAUACAUGCACAAGAUAGGUAAGUACCUGCGCAGGCCUACCUACAGGAGUCAUGCAGUGCAUGCACGCGAAGCUGUCGUCGUGCCUGCCAUCACACACAACAAUCAUUACAACAGAUCGACAUGGAAAUGGCAGCUAGCCCCAGCUUUCGCCGCAGCAGCAGUCACAAAAGUCAUUCACCUCCUCCACCUGUCUGUUUGCCGUGGAUCACCCCCUAACGAUAUGCACACAUAUUGGCUUGUGCCCAAGCAAAUCACGCAUUUCCCAAACCAAACCACCUCCACAACCCAAAUCCCCCAUGACAUCAACCUAUUGAUCCUACCAUUCAAUGUGAUCGAUCUACACACUCUUGCUAAUAUAACUCCAAUAUUCCCCCUUAAUUCCGUCCUCAUCCAUCCUAACCACCACCUUCUUAUAAAUUAAUUAACACAAAUCAUACUGAUCGUUCCGCACAGGAAGAUAAUCAUCAAGAUUGAUCCAAGAAGGAGCGAGAGCUUAGCUUAUCUGAUCAGAUCAAAGAUGGCGGCGAUCUCUCCGGCGAGCGAUGGCGUGGGGCGGCGGCGGAGGAGGGUGUUGAUGUUCCCGAUUCCGUUUCAGGGGCAUGUCACGCCGAUGCUGCAGCUGGCCGACGUGCUCCGCUCCCGCGCCGGCCUCGCCGUCACCGUCUUCCACGCCCCCGUCAACGCGCCCGCCGCCGCCGAGCAGUCGGCGGCGGAGGAGGACUACCGCUUCGUGACCGUGGGGGCCGGAGUGGCGGGGGAGGCGGCGGCGCUGAUGCCCACGGGCGGCAGCGGCAGCGACUUCGCCGGCGCGCUGAUGCGCCUCGACGCGCUCCUCCGGGCGCCGUUCGACGACGCCCUCCGCCAGGCGCUCCUCGCCGACGACGAGGAGGAGGCGGCGGCGACGUGCCUAGUGGUGGACUCGAACCUGCGCGGGGUGCAGGAGGUGGCGGAGCGGCGCGGCGUGCGGACGCUGGCGCUGCGCACCGGCGGCGCGUGCUGCCUCGUGGCGUACAUGGCCUUCCCGGAGCUCUGCGGCAAGGGCGUCCUCCCGCCGCUGUCGCGAGAUCAGCUGCAACUGGACAUGCCAUUGGAUGAGCUUCCACCACUUCGUCUGCGAGAUAUGAUGUUCUCAGCAACCACCACACAUGGUACAAUGGCUACCUGCUUAGAACGUCUAUUGGACUCGGCACGGUGUUCUUCAGGUGUCAUUCUCAAUACCUUCGAUGACCUUGAGAAUUCUGACCUCCGAAAGAUCGCCAAUGGCCUAAGUGUUCCGGUUUACGCGAUCGGUCCACUUCACAAGAUCUCCAUAGGCCAAGAGAGCAGCUUGCUAACUCAAGAUCAAAGCUGUUUGGAAUGGUUAGACAAGCAGGAGGCAGAGUCUGUUCUUUAUGUGAGCUUUGGGAGCUUGGCAUCUAUGGACUCUCAAGAGCUUUUGGAGACAGCGUGGGGAUUGGUCGAUAGCGAAAUUCCGUUUCUUUGGGUGAUCAGGCCUAACUCGGUCCAGGGAUCAGAGCAAACAUGCCUUCCAGAUGGCUUUGAGGAGGCGACACGUGGCAGGGGUAUGGUGGUUUCCUGGGCCCCACAACAAGAUGUGCUGAAGCACCGAGCGGUUGGUGGUUUCUGGACGCACAAUGGGUGGAACUCAACCCUAGAAAGUAUAUGUGAUGGUGUUCCGAUGAUCUGUAGGCCUCAGUUUGCGGACCAAAUGAUUAAUGCUAGGUAUGUCCAAGAGGUAUGGAAGAUAGGGUUCGAGCUAGAGGGAAAACUGGAGAGGAGAAUGAUUGAGAGGGCUGUAAGAAGGUUACUGUGCAGUGAAGAAGGCAAGGAGAUGAGGCACAGGGCAAAGGAUCUGAAGAACAAAGCGACGACCUGUAUUGAGAAAGGAGGCUCUUCAAAUACUGCAAUUGAUAUGUUGGUGAAUCUCAUAAUGUCAUUUUGAACAUUAUCUUAUAUCAAUAAACUGUUUCAUAAAAUCCAUAGAAAACAUAAACAUCUUCUGAAGUUACUAUUAAUAUAUUGGGUGAAAUUUACAAUGGCACA